AUGGAACUAACCCUCCAGAUCAUCAUUUUGAUUCUCGAACGCACUCGCACUAUCAAAUAUUUAACAGUGCUGGGUAUGGUGCUUCUGGGCUACGAUUAUCUUCUGACCCUCGACCGCGAACUCUCCCUAAUAUGGCUGUCGCAGUGGAAUCUUGCCAAAGUCUUGUUCCUUUUGGUAAGGUACACGCCCUACAUCGAUGUAGGCCUGGUGGCAUACUAUAUGACGCGCGAUGGAACGUCUUCCGCGGCUUGUAGCCUUGUGUAUAAAUUUAACUCUUGGGUGUAUGUCGUUGGCGUCGGUCUGGCCGAGAUACUUUUGACUUUGAGAACAUGGGCAUGCUGGGGGUCGAGGGCUCGAUGGGUCACAAUUGGUCUGCCCAUCGCUUUUUUUGCUUUGACGGUCAUCCUAUGUGUCUCCGUCGGCCGUUACCUUGCUACAUUACAUUUCUUUACACCUCCGCAUACGACACCUUCUCUGGGAUGUUUCUAUCAAGGGGAGAGUUUCGAUUUGGUCAUAUGCUGGGCUGCCUUGAUGGUCUACGAUGCAUGCUUAUCGCUACUAAUGGCCAUCCGAGGCUAUCCUGAACUCAAAAAUUGGAGGCGCAAUAUGAGGAGCAAUUCCUUGUCAACAGUAGUCUACCGAGAUGGACUCAUAUACUAUGUGUUUCUUUUUGGUCGGUGCUGCUUGUUCAGUCGGGUCCGAUGUUGUUUAAUCUUGGAUUGUCACAUAGGCUUGUCUCUCAUUAAUGUUGUCGUCAUCCUUUGUCUAUCGUAUGACUAUGUGAAUUUGUUGUCAACGUUUGAGCGUGUCAUGUAUUCCAUCUUGACAUGUCGUGCCGUUUUGGGUAUACGAGAACAAAACGAGUCCACUCUGAGAAGCCUAGGUAGCAUACCGCCCUCCAGAUAA